UUGAUUUGAGAACGAUUAAGUGACAAAAUGUGGCUGAAAAUUCUCCACGUUUUAUUUCUUCUUUUUUUAAUGAUUAAUGAAGAUUCUGGAUCAUCUCACGAACCUAAAGUGAUAUCAGCUUAUAAAGAUUUACAAAAGUAUGAAGCGAAAUGGGAAAGUCUUGAUAAACGACCUCUCCCUAGAUGGUAUGACGAUGCAAAAGUUGGCAUUUUCAUCCAUUUUGGCGUUUAUUCAUCGAUAAGUUUUGGUUCUGAAUGGUUUUGGACGAAUUGGAAAAACGAAAAAGUUCCAUCUUACAUUGAAUUUAUGAACCGAACACAGAAGCCUUCAUUCACUUAUCAGAAUUUCGCGGCAGAUUUUACAUGUGAAUUGUUUAAUGCAACUGAGUGGGCAGAAAUAUUUUCGGAUUCAGGUGCACAAUAUGUCGUGUUGACAAGUAAACACCACGAAGGCUACACAUUAUAUCCAUCAUCUUAUUCAUUUAGUUGGAAUUCAGUUGAUGUUGGACCUAAUCGAGAUAUUAUCAAAGAACUUUCACAAGCUGUUCGUGAUAAAAAGUUGAAGUUUGGACUUUACUAUUCAUUGUUUGAAUGGUUCAAUCGAAUGUAUCAAAGUGAUAAACAGGAUGGAUUUUUGAAGCAUAAAUACGUCGACAAUAAAGUUUGGCCAGAACUUAUCGAGAUCAUUGAACGAUUUGAGCCUGAAGUGAUUUGGAGUGAUGGCGAUUGGGAAGCGCCAGAUGAAUAUUGGAAAGCAAAAGAAUUUUUGGCGUGGCUUUACAACAGCAGCCCUGUUCGUGAAACUGUUGUGACAAAUGAUCGUUGGGGUCUUGGAACAAAUUGUAAACAUGGAGAUUUCUUCACAUGUUCCGAUCGAUUUAAUCCUGGCGUUCUUCAAAAGCACAAAUUUGAGAAUGCAAUGACCAUUGACAAGAAAAGUUGGGGUCAUCGAAAUGACGCUAAGUUGGAUGAUUUCUUAACCUCAGCAGAGUUGAUAAGAGAACUCGUCACGACAGUAGCUGUUAAUGGAAAUUUGUUAGUCAACGUUGGUCCGACAAAAUAUGGAACUAUUGAAGCAAUAUUUGCUGAAAGGUUGAGAGACAUGGGACGAUGGCUUCGAAUGAAUGGAAAAGCAAUUUAUGGAACACGACCAUGGGAAUAUCAAAAUGAAGGGAAGGAUAUUUGGUACACUAUGAAAGUUGGAUCUAAUCGGAUGAGUGUCUUUGCAAUUGCUUUAGAAUAUCCUUUCGAUACGAAUAAGAUUGUUUUCAAUAAAAUUGGCAGCUACAUGGAUAGUUCAAGUCAUGUUACUUUACUUGGUUAUCCAGAUAAGAUAAGUCAUAAAUUCAUCGGCUCUGAUAAAUCAUUGGAAAUAACUUUUCCGGAAAAACGGCUAACAGAUAAACUUGGGUUGUCUUUGGCAUGGAGCUUUGAAAUUGAUAUUUCUUUGAACUCCAGCAGCUCAUCGAUUUUUUCCAUACUUGAAAUGUAAAUUUCACUACCUAGUUAAGAAUUCAGAGAAAUUCUGCAAAAAAAAUAUUUUA